CUGGGGAUCCCGGGGGCUGGGGCUUGACCCCGAGGUGCAGCGAGCCCCUGAGAGCGGCAGUCUUGUGAGUACUAGAAUAGCACAACCAUGUUUCGGAAUAGUCUCAAGAUGCUUCUUACUGGAGGGAAAUCAAGUCGUAAAAACAGAUCAAGUGAUGGAGGGAGCGAAGAACCACCGGAUCGAAGACAGUCAAGUGUAGACUCUCGACAAAGCCGCUCUGGCCAAGGUGGCAUCUCCACAGAAAGCGACUGUGCUUUUGAGCCAGACUACGCCGUUCCGCCACUUCCAGUGAGUGAAGGUAUGCAGCACAUUCGGAUUAUGGAGGGCAUGUCUCGCUCUCUUCCAUCCUCCCCCUUACUCACACAUCAGUCUAUCAGUGUUCGGCUCCAACCUGUGAAGAAGUUAACUGCCCCUCUGAGGAAGGCAAAGUUUGUUGAGAGCCCACGAAUUCCAGAAUCCGAGCUUGGCUCACCAACCCUCGCUUCAGCUCAGAAACUGGAUGUGGAUGCGUACUGCCCUGGUGAUGUUGAACAGGAACUUGGUCCCCCUCCAUCUGUAGAUGAGGCAGCAAACACACUCAUGACUCGUCUGGGUUUCCUCCUUGGAGAGAAAGUCACGGAAGUUCAGCCGGGUGACCAAUACAACAUGGAGGUACAGGAUGAAAAUCAGACCUCAGCAAUCACUCAGCGGAUAAGUCCCUGUUCCACCUUGACUAGUAGCACUGCCUCUCCGCCAGCCAGUAGCCCCUGCUCCACCCUCCCGCCAGUCAGUACAAACGCCGCUGCCAAAGACUGCAGCUAUGGGGCUGUUACUAGUCCAACCUCUACCCUUGAAAGCAGAGAUAGCGGCAUUAUUGCUACGUUGACAAGCUAUUCUGAAAAUGUAGAACGCACGAAAUAUGUUGGGGAAAGCAGUAAAGAAUUAGGAUCUGGAGGAAACCUAAAACCUUGGCAGUCUCAAAAAUCCAGCAUGGAUUCCUGUUUGUAUCGAGUCGAUGAAAAUAUGACGGCUUCUACGUAUAGUCUGAAUAAGAUCCCAGAGAGGAAUUUGGAAACAGUUUUAUCACAAUCCGUACAGUCUAUUCCUCUGUAUCUUAUGCCACGGCCAAAUUCAGUAGCAGCCACAAGCUCUGCCCACUUGGAGGACCUUGCUUACCUGGAUGAGCAGAGACAUACGCCUUUGAGAACUUCUCUUCGAAUGCCGAGACAGAGCAUGGGUGGUGCUCGCACACAACAGGAUUUAAGAGUUCACUUUGCACCUUAUAGGCCUCCAGAUAUCUCCCUGAAGCCUCUGCUCUUUGAAGUGCCCAGCAUCACUACAGAGUCAGUGUUUGUUGGCCGGGAUUGGGUUUUCCACGAAAUAGAUGCUCAACUUCAGAGCUCAAAUGCCAGCGUCAACCAAGGAGUAGUGAUUGUGGGAAACAUUGGGUUCGGUAAAACUGCCAUCAUCUCCAGACUGGUGGCCCUCAGCUGCCAUGGAACACGGAUGAGACAGAUUGCCUCAGACAGCCCACAUGCCUCCCCCAAACAUGUGGAUGCCAACAGAGAGCUGCCACUCACACAGCCACCUUCAGCCCACUCAUCCAUCCCCAGUGGAAGCUGCCCAGGAACCCCAGAGAUGCGCAGGCGGCAGGAGGAGGCUAUGCGGAGACUAGCCUCGCAGGUGGUUGCCUAUCACUAUUGCCAAGCAGAUAACGCCUACACCUGCCUGGUCCCAGAAUUCGUCCACAAUGUUGCUGCCCUGCUCUGCCGCUCACCUCAGCUGACGGCCUACCGGGAGCAGCUGCUUCGGGAGCCUCACUUACAAAGCAUGCUGAGCCUUCGGUCCUGUGUCCAAGACCCCAUGGCCUCCUUCCGGAGGGGAGUCCUGGAGCCCCUGGAGAAUCUCCACAAAGAGAGAAAAAUCCCAGAUGAAGAUUUCAUCAUCCUAAUUGAUGGAUUAAAUGAAGCAGAAUUUCACAAACCGGAUUAUGGGGAUACAAUUGUUUCAUUUCUGAGUAAAAUGAUUGGAAAAUUUCCUUCUUGGCUCAAACUAAUCGUAACAGUUAGGACCAGUUUACAGGAAAUUACCAAGCUGCUGCCUUUCCAUAGGAUUUUUUUGGAUCGACUAGAAGAGAACGAAGCCAUAGACCAGGAUCUGCAGGCUUACAUCCUGCACCGGAUACACAGCAGCUCAGAGAUCCAGAAUAACAUUUCACUUAAUGGCAAAAUGGACAAUACUACAUUUGGCAAACUCAGUUCUCACCUCAAGACCCUCAGUCAAGGGUCCUAUCUAUACCUGAAACUCACAUUUGACCUCAUAGAGAAAGGCUAUCUAGUGUUAAAGAGCUCUAGCUACAAAGUAGUUCCUGUUUCGCUCUCAGAGGUUUAUUUGCUCCAGUGUAAUAUGAAGUUCCCCACCCAGUCUUCCUUUGACCGGGUGAUGCCUCUCCUGAAUGUGGCAGUGGCCUCUCUGCACCCACUGACUGACGAACAUAUCUUCCAGGCCAUCAAUGCUGGUAGCAUUGAAGGCACCCUAGAAUGGGAGGAUUUUCAGCAGAGAAUGGAGAACCUCUCCAUGUUCCUAAUCAAACGCAGAGACAUGACUCGUAUGUUUGUACAUCCUUCUUUUCGAGAGUGGCUUAUCUGGAGAGAAGAAGGAGAGAAAACCAAAUUUCUCUGUGAUCCCAGGAGUGGCCACACAUUACUUGCUUUCUGGUUUUCCCGCCAAGAGGGAAAACUAAACCGACAGCAGACUAUUGAACUGGGACAUCACAUCCUCAAAGCACACAUUUUUAAGGGUUUGAGUAAAAAAGUUGGUGUGUCCUCUUCCAUCCUCCAAGGCCUCUGGAUCUCCUACAGCACAGAAGGUCUUUCCAUGGCAUUGGCAUCUUUACGAAAUCUCUACACUCCAAAUAUAAAGGUCAGCCGACUGCUGAUUUUGGGAGGUGCCAACAUUAAUUACCGGACAGAGGUUUUAAAUAACGCUCCAAUUCUGUGUGUCCAGUCUCAUCUUGGUUACACAGAAAUGGUGGCCCUACUGUUGGAGUUUGGGGCCAAUGUGGAUGCCUCAUCUGAGAGCGGCCUGACCCCUCUGGGCUACGCAGCCGCGGCCGGUUACCUGAGCAUUGUGGUGCUGCUGUGCAAGAAGCGAGCCAAGGUGGAUCAUUUGGACAAGAAUGGACAGUGUGCUUUGGUCCAUGCUGCACUCCGAGGUCACCUGGAGGUUGUCAAGUUUUUGAUUCAGUGUGACUGGACAAUGGCCGGCCAGCAGCAAGGAGUAUUUAAGAAGAGCCACGCCAUCCAGCAGGCCCUCAUUGCUGCAGCCAGCAUGGGGUACACGGAGAUUGUCUCCUACCUACUUGAUCUUCCAGAAAAAGAUGAAGAAGAAGUAGAGCGAGCACAGAUCAACAGUUUUGACAGUCUCUGGGGAGAGACAGCACUGACAGCUGCAGCCGGGAGGGGCAAACUGGAGGUGUGCCGUCUCCUCUUGGAACAGGGGGCAGCAGUGGCCCAGCCAAAUCGCCGAGGGGCAGUGCCUCUGUUCAGCACUGUUCGCCAGGGCCACUGGCAGAUUGUUGAUCUUUUACUCACCCAUGGAGCUGAUGUCAACAUGGCAGACAAGCAGGGUCGUACUCCGCUGAUGAUGGCUGCCUCCGAAGGCCAUCUAGGAACUGUGGACUUUCUACUUGCACAAGGUGCCUCCAUUGCUCUAAUGGACAAAGAAGGACUGACAGCCCUCAGCUGGGCUUGUCUGAAGGGUCAUCUCCCAGUGGUUCGUUCUCUGGUGGAUAACGGAGCUGCCACAGACCACGCUGACAAGAACGGCCGCACCCCACUAGAUCUGGCAGCUUUCUACGGUGAUGCCGAGGUGGUCCAGUUCCUGGUGGAUCACGGGGCCAUGAUCGAGCAUGUGGACUACAGCGGAAUGCGCCCUCUGGAUAGAGCAGUGGGGUGCCGGAACACAUCUGUUGUUGUCACUCUUCUGAAGAAAGGAGCCAAGAUAGGUCCAGCCACGUGGGCGAUGGCCACCUCCAAACCAGACAUCAUGAUCAUCCUGUUGAGCAAGCUGAUGGAAGAGGGGGACAUGUUUUAUAAGAAAGGUAAAGUAAAGGAGGCUGCCCAGCGCUACCAGUACGCCCUGAAGAAAUUCCCUCGAGAAGGGUUUGGUGAGGACUUGAAAACUUUCCGGGAACUAAAGGUGUCUCUCCUCCUCAACCUCUCUCGAUGUCGCAGGAAAAUGAACGAUUUUGGAAUGGCGGAGGAAUUUGCUACUAAGGCCCUGGAGCUGAAACCGAAAUCUUAUGAAGCUUACUAUGCGAGAGCAAGGGCAAAGCGCAGCAGCAGACAGUUUGCAGCGGCCUUAGAGGAUCUGAACGAGGCCAUCAAGCUCUGUCCAAACAACCGUGAGAUCCAGAGACUCCUGCUGCGGGUGGAGGAGGAGUGCCGCCAGGGGCAGCCGCCGCCCCAGCAGCCGCCGCAGCCGCCGCUGCCGGAGGAGACGGAGCCCGAACCGCAGCACGAAGAUCUCUACUCCGUCCAGGAUAUAUUCGAGGAGGAGUACCUGGAACAGGAUGUUGAGAACGUUUCCAUCGGCCUCCAGACCGAGGCCCGGCCCGGUCAGGGGCUCCCGAUAAUCCAGAGCCCGCCGGCCUCCCCAGCCCAUCGGGACUCGGCCUACAUGUCCGGCUCACCGCUCGGCUCGCAUCAGGUCUUCGACUUCCGCUCCAGCGGUUCCGUAGGGUCCCCCACCAGACAGGGCUAUCAGUCCACCUCCCCCGCUCUUUCUCCCACUCACCAGAACUCCCACUACAGGCCCAGCCCACCACACACCUCCCCGGCGCACCAGAGCGGGUCUUACCGCUUCAGCCCCCCGCCCGUGGGAGGACAGGGCAAGGAAUACCCGAGCCCUCCCCCUUCCCCGCUCCGUAGAGGCCCUCAGUACCGGGCCAGCCCUCCAGCUGAAAGCAUGAGUGUCUACAGAUCGCAGUCAGGCUCCCCCGUGCGCUAUCAGCAAGACACGAGUGUGAGUCAGCUUCCUGGCAGGCCAAAAUCUCCAUUAUCCAAAAUGACCCAGCGGCCCUACCAGAUGCCUCAGCUGCCUGUGGCGGUUCCCCAGCAAGGGCUCAGGCUACAGCCUGCCAAGGCCCAGAUUGUGAGAAGCAACCAGCCCAGCGCCGCAGUCCAUUCCAGCUCCGUCGUCUCCACAGGGGCCUAUGGCCAAGUCGCCCACUCGAUGGCUAGUAAGUACCAGUCUUCCCAAGGAGACAUGGGAGUAAGUCAGAGCCGCUUGGUUUAUCAAGGGUCAAUUGGGGGGAUCGUAGGAGACGGGAGACCCGUGCAGCAUGUCCAGGCCAGCCUGAGUGCGGGCGCCAUCUGUCAGCAUGGAGGGUUGACCAAAGAGGACCUUCCACAGCGACCUUCCUCGGCGUACCGAGGCGGUAUGAGAUACAGCCAGACGCCACAGAUUGGACGUAGCCAGUCCGCAUCCUACUACCCAGUCUGUCACUCAAAACUAGAUCUGGAGCGUUCCUCCAGCCAGCUAGGUUCCCCUGAUGUGUCGCAUUUAAUCAGAAGACCUGUUAGUGUCAACCCCAACGAAAUCAAGCCUCACCCACCAACUCCCAGGCCGCUGCUGCACUCCCAGAGCGUAGGCCUCCGCUUCUCUCCAUCCAGCAAUAGUAUCUCAUCAGCCUCCAACCUCACUCCAACCUUCCGGCCGUCUUCCUCGAUUCAGCAAAUGGAGAUCCCACUGAAACCGGCAUAUGAUAGGUCAUGUGACGAGCUGUCACCAGUGUCUCCCACUCAGGGAGGUUAUCCCAGCGAGCCCACCCGAUCCAGGACCACACCAUUCAUGGGGAUCAUAGAUAAAACAGCCCGGACUCAGCAGUACCCCCACCUUCACCAGCAGAAUCGGACCUGGGCCGUGUCAUCCGUGGAUACCGUUCUCAGCCCCACGUCUCCAGGCAACCUGCCUCAGCCUGAGUCCUUCAGUCCACCGUCAUCCAUCAGCAACAUUGCCUUUUAUAACAAAACCAACAAUGCACAGAAUGGCCAUUUGCUGGAGGACGAUUAUUACAGCCCCCAUGGGAUGCUGGCCAACGGGUCCCGCGGAGACCUCUUGGAGAGAGUCGGCCAGGCCUCCUCGUACCCCGAUGUGAAGGUGGCUCGGACCCUCCCUGUGGCUCAGGCAUACCAGGACAACCUGUACAGGCAGUUGUCCCGGGACUCUCGACAAGGGCAGACAUCCCCUAUCAAACCAAAGAGACCAUUUGUGGAGUCUAAUGUUUAAAAGACGUUUGUUGGAGUGAGACCCAUAUGUUUUCACUGCACAUUUUCAGGCUUGGUUUCCACAUUCGAGGUAGUUCUCUGGCUUUAUUUCUCAUGUAGUUUCUGUGUGGUGUUCAGAGGUGGCAGCCCACGGGCUGGAGUUCUCUGCAUGCAGCCGACCGGGAAGCUGGCCUCCAGCGAGCCAGGACUUGAGUUCCUCCCCUCCGUGCCCCAGCCACAAGCUCUCUCCCUCUCUUCCGACGCCAACGAGGAGAUUGUUGUGCCGUGUGCUUUAACCCAGGGAGAUCAGACACACUGGUCAGCUUUUUCCAGGAGACAAUCGCUUUCACUGAUGUUCUUGUUGUGUGAAUGUCUUUCUCCUUUUUUACAAAAAUAAGGUGUUCUCGUUUGUUUUCUUCUAGGAACUUUAGAAAGAGUAUGAUGCCCCUUUGCCUUCGUAUUCUUAUCCAGUGUUAUCCAAAUAGCCAACCCCAGUGCAUUCUCGUGCCAUGGUCUCCUCCCCCGGACUGCCAGCUCCCUGCAGUCAUCAGGUCUAGAAUGUUCAUUUAGGUUAUUGCUGGUCUUCCUACGGGGGCUAAAGGAUCCAGGAGAAAGAGAGGAAACAGGUCUAUUAAAUUGGAAGGGGGGAAAAAAAACAGUAUAAUUAUUUGAAACAUUUUAUGAAUACUUAGAAAACAACCAGCCCUUUAAAUAUUUCACUCAGCCAAGGAAAUCGGAUGAGAAUCAUGGAUAUUAUUAAAUAAUCUACUGAGAGGCAUUCUCCAGGUUUUUAGCCAACCAGUCACUAUUAAAAAUCUACUGAUUUUCCAGGGGUGGUAGCAGGGGGGCAUCUACGUAAAUAUAUAGAAAAGAGAGGAAGAAAGACUGUUCUGGACUCUCAGUGAAAGGCUAGAGAAAAUCUUUGUCUUGGAGAAGUCUGCAUUUUAGCUCCUAAGAGAUCACUGACCAUCAUACUCUACAAAAGCAAACUCUUGCUGAGGUGUGAGUGGUACCCUAAUCCUGUUAGUGGGGUCUUCGCUCAGAACCAGACUGUGUUCCACCGGCCCUCCCAUUUCAGCCCACACGGUGUAGUGAAGAAAUUGGUUCUCUGGGAAGCACAUUGAAUUCUCCCGGGACCGUAACCUUAUUCCUGAAGUUUGCACCGAGGGUCAUUGCGCCCUGCGCCAGACGCCAUCUGAUUCCAUUUUGAGAUCUAUAGUCCCAUUAUCUGUUACUUUAGGAAUCGUUUCUUCUUUUCUUUUUUUUCAAGGUAGGAGUGUUUGGGGAGCAAUCUUUGAAAACCAGAAACUGCAGCAUGUUUCAGGGAGAACGCAGACCCCUUUCAGCCCUGGGUGGGGGCACGUGAGACAGACAGCAGGUCUUCCGACCCGGGUAGCCUGCACCCUUCUCCCAUGUCUUGAGGUCGCUUGCUGACCUCUCCUUUGCGUGAUUGAGGCCAGCAUGAGGUGGACAGCAAGAACACCGAAGCCAAAGCCUUAGCACGGGCCUGGUGCUGACGGCACGUCAACUCUGAAAACUUAAGAAACUGAAGCAAAAGCGAAUUCAUUCUCUGUUACUAAGAAUCAUUCUGCUCUUGUUAGUAAAGGGCUAUUGGAAGGGCAGUUUCCUGAACAAAAGUCCAGGUAUGACCAGACCUGUUUGUAAGUGUCCUCUGAAAGUAUCACCAAGACAUGGGGAGCAUGAAGUUGAGAUCAGAAACAUUUCUCUACUAAUUUAGAUUCUGCCAAAUAGAUGGGCCCCUCUGCCCCCAAGCCUGAAACAGGCCAGGACUCGUCUCUGGGCUAGAAGCAGACAGCUGGGCCAUCUCAAGACCCAGGAUCUUUCCUCUCUCUCUGAUGCCCCGGGACUGUGUCCUACUCAGCUAGCCCAGGGUGGGCCCCGGUGUCUUGGCCCUUCCCUUCUCCCUCUCUCUCUCACUGAGAAGAUGAAAUGUCCAGCUGUGGCCCCAGCCUACAGCCCGCAGCCCAGCUCCCGCUUUGUCCAGGUCUCAGCCCUAGGGGGCUCUUGGCAUCUCCUCCCUUCCUACGCACCGCACCUCUCACCGAGGAGCUGCUGCGACAUUCUCAACAAUGUCUGCAUCUGUCAGAAGAGUGCCCCUGCUUAUUCGGAGCACCACACAUGCGACCUGCACUCAGCUCUUUCGGGGAGUCAGCGGGUUCAGUAUUUCACCAACACGCCCCUGAUGUUGCUUGUCCCCAGGGUCUCUCUUGGUUUUCUUGGACAAACCGGAGAUUUAGGGUCUAUGCCUUAUUGGGCAAAAUACUUAAAACAGUCAAAAUGCAGCCUCUUUGUUAGCCAUUGUAAGAGGGAGUGAAUAUCACUGCUGGGUGCCAGUUGAGUUUGACUAGAAAAUGCCAACUGGACCUUCCUGGGGGCAGGAGACCGGUUCUCCUUGCAGGCAGACUGCCCGGGCCCUGUUGUGCUGCUUCACUGCCAUGGGCCGGUCUUAGUACCGUGUAUCCGAGAUGGCCUCUCCCGGCAACACUUGCUGAAUCAAUGUCUGGCUUCCGGUGGGGGGAGCUUUUCAGAUGGGCCUGGUAAGUUCCACUCACCCAAUUCACAUCACCCUGCAAUGGAGACAGUGGUAACAAACCUCAGCCUCUAGGUUUCUCACCAAACUGUACGUUUCAUUCACCCAGAAUUCUUGCACUAAUGGGUUCCCAUCACAUCAUGUCUAUAAAUGGGUGCACUUUACUGUUUGAAUUUGUAACUCUGAUAAAUACUGGAUAUUUAAGUGUGCGUAAUGUCUUCAUUAGAAAAUAGCAAAACCGCUCUUGUCUUUUAGUGUAUCUUUCAAGGGAAAAAAAAAAAGGAAAAAAGGAAAGAAAUCAAGCAGUGGAUCACAACAUUUAUAGCACAAGAAAUAACUGUUGUAUAUAAGCAUCAAAAAGAUUAAGAGUUUUUAAAUACAAAAAAAUAUUUGCAGUGAUUUUAAAGUGCUUUUCCAGCAAUUUUCUUAGGGACUCCUGAGACGUGGUUACUUUAUUUACUGGAUCAGUAAGGCACACAAUUAACAAUUAAAAAUUAAUGUUUAUUUACAAAGUAAAGGGAAAACCUGUGUAACAUGAGAAUUUGGCAUGGACAAAAGACCAUUUUGUAUCUGCUGUUGUAUCUCGUCUGGGUUGCAGAUGUGCACUAUUAAAGCCCCAAGUUAAUAGAGCACAAACCCUUCUUGUUCCUCUCCCAUGUGCCCCUCUUUCUAGAUGUGUUUAACUUAAACUCGAAGGCUCAGGAAAAUUCCACUAAUUAGAAUCAUGUACAGUACCCCAGGUCGUUGUCCAGAGACACAAGUUUGCUAAUUUAGUUAAGCCUGGAUUAUUAGAACACUUUUCCUAAAUUAUUGUAAACAGAACAGCCUAGAGAAAGGUAUCCUCGGUCCUUAUAUUGUAUAGUAGUUUAUGAACCCCUCUCUAAAUAUUGGUAUUUUUAUAUUCCAGAGAUGUACCCAAUAGAAAAAUUAACCAGUAUCUAAUUUAAUAUCCAUAAGUAUUUUCCUUAGAUGUUAGUCCUAUACAGUGGGUUAUGUGGACGUCACCUUGCUUCAACCAUACUCUACCACUAGGUGUCACUGUGGCUCUGCACCAGGCGUGUCUGGUGGCAAAGAACGGCAGCAGGUUCCCCUGGAGGAGCCGCUCCCAGGGCAGCAGGCAGGCCCAGAGGGUUCAGGAAGGAGGGGACAGGCCUGCAGAGGGGUCUUCACGUAUCUGUGCCCAUUGUGGCGAGAUAAGCUCUUUGAACACUACCCGCUUUGGACCUUCAGCCAGGCAGAGGACGGGAGAAUUGACUAGAACUCCCUUGCUCUGGUGGGUGGGUGGGUAUGAGGAAGCCUUCUUCACUUCCCGUGAGCAUCCCUCUCAGUUCCUCUUGGCCUCCAACUUUUAUAACUCCAGAGAUGUCACAGUUGGCUGGUUUGAUUCAAAAAUUGUUAUUUUUCUACUGCAGAAAUGCCUUGGACAAAACCAGUUGCUCACUGAAUCUUUGCCACAAAAUGGAACAGGCUCCCCCGGGGGGCGGGAAGGGGGGGCAGGAUGUUCCCCCCUCCCUGUCCCGGCCUCUCCCACCCUGUCUGUCCUUGGGCUGCCCACUUCUCAAGAAGCCAACUUGCAGAGACAGCCUGCUGCUGCUUCCACACCGAGGCCCGUGCUGCCCGGGGCACGCACGUCGGGAGGUGUGGCUUUUUCUCCUUUUCCUCUAGGAAUUCCAGACUGACCAUCUACCAUGACUAACAACAACGAACAAAGGGCUUAGGGGUAAGAGCUACCUACAAAGACGUGUCAUGGAAACCUUCACCAUGCAAUGCCUUGAACUCAGCUCUGGCUGCUCCCCAGAAAAGGCGGCUGGCUGGGGGCCUGGACACAAGCACAACAGGAACGGUAGAGCCACUGUGCAGAGCUACUUGAAUAACCACUGGGUCUUCAUCAACUCCGUUUAUAACACAGACCACUGAAGGGCUGAAGUGUUGGUAACCUGCGUUUGGUGUCCAAUGCCUCACAGCUGCUGAGCCGCCCUGAGAUGCUUGUGGCCAUGCGGUGGCCACGGUCAGAGCUUUGAAAGUCAGUACCAAAUGAAUGCGUAAUUGGACACCAAAAAUCAAGUGUUACUUUCAUGUUUCCUCACCCAUUUCAUCUCACUUCUUCCUGCCGACUCUGAUACUCUCCACGAAGCUGACCUGCCAGGUUUUAGCUGAACGCGUCUAGAUGCAGGCCGGCGUCACUCGUUUUUCAGACAGACCUACUCCGUGGAAAGGAAGGAGCCUAGCUGCUUUGUUUUUGUAGCACUUACUGGCUGGAUUUUUCUUUUGCCUAAUCACUAACCAGAACCAGAACCACUAACCUGGUUAGGGGGACUCCACUCCAUCCCUUGGGUCCCCAGGACCAGACAGACUGUAAAUUCUGGAAACUCAGUACUUGAAUGUACCUGCCUUAUUGUGUACCAGCUGACUGGAAAAAAAAAAGAGUUAGAAAUGCCGGCUCCAGAUCUCUCCUUCAUUCACAGGUUAUUUUGGAAAUCUUGUAAGUUACACUUCCUGUUCCAGUUUGUUUUUGUUUUUGUUUUUUCCUUUGGCUGAUUCCUGCUGAGUGGGGCCAGUUCCUCAUCGGGCUCAGGGCAGGUGCCAUCCUCAGGCAUGGCCUCCUUUCCAUUUAGCGCAGCAUAUCUGUCUCUGUUCUGUCUCCUCCAAAUCCAAGAUGAUUUUAAUUAGUACAGACAUGUACAGUCUACAAUUAAAGAGUGAUUUGUACUAAUAUGAUUUUGAUUCCUCCUCCUCUUUGCUGUCCUUUCAAGACACUUGCUGGAAAAAGCUUUAAUGCACUUAGUUUUCCUUUAGGUUUUCUAUGACUCAGAUGUAAAGGACUUUCUCUGUACAGUAUAUUAUCCAAUGCAUGUUUGUUCUCUCUCCUGAUAUAUUGAACACCACACAGUUGUGAACUCGUGCAGUGGGGAUGUCCCACACCCAACAGAGGCAUCUAGCCCCCUGUGUAUAAGGAAAGACCUUUUCCUUUGCUGUACUUGCUUGAGCAGUUGUAUUGUCUGUACAUGUGAGCUGUGUGAGAUAGAUGUGAAAAGUUAAAUGAAUGCAUUUUCUGCCCAUGUGUACAGAUCACCAUCCGUACAAUGAACUGUAUGUAUGAAAGCAAAUGUACUUAUUUAUAAAGGGUAACACUUGGAAAAA